UUUUUUUUCAGUGUCUUUACAUUCUACCACGUCACUAUAACGCAUCUAUACCAGAAAAAAAUACAUCACUCUUGUUUCGUUAAACAUUCUACAUUGGUUAAUGAUAACGUUUUUGUUUCCUCUCAGGUUCUUUUAACGGUGGAAGUUGUUGAGAUUUAGCUUUUUCUUCAACUUCAAUUUUGGACUCUGCUAAAGCUCCAUGGGAGACGUGGCUAAGGAUCUUGCAGCCGGUACUGUUGGAGGGGCUGCACAACUAGUAUGCGGACAUCCCUUUGACACCAUCAAGGUCAAACUCCAAAGCCAGCCUACACCACUCCCUGGUCAGCUUCCCAAGUAUGCCGGUGCAUUUGAUGCCGUCAGGCAGACAAUAGCAGCCGAAGGUGCAGGUGGUUUAUUCAAAGGAAUGGGCGCCCCACUCGCUACGGUAGCAGCCUUCAAUGCUGUCUUGUUUACAGUAAGGGGGCAGAUGGAAUCAUUAUUGAGGUCAAAUCCAGGUGCCCCCCUCACAGUAAGUCAGCAGUUUGUUUGUGGAGCUGGAGCUGGCUUUGCCGUUUCCUUUCUUGCUUGCCCAACUGAAUUAAUCAAAUGCAGGUUGCAGGCACAAAGUGCACUAGCUGGAACAGGAGGAGCAGCUGUGGCCGUUAAAUAUGGCGGACCAAUGGAUGUGGCCAGGCAAGUUCUUCGGUCAGAGGGGGGCGUGAGAGGUCUUUUCAAAGGCUUGAUUCCAACAAUGGGACGCGAGAUACCUGGAAACGCGAUAAUGUUUGGCGUAUACGAAGCAAUAAAGCAACGGAUUGCAGGAGGCACCGAUACCUCUGGUCUAAGCAGAGGCUCGCUGAUUGUUGCGGGAGGUUUGGCAGGUGGUUCCUUCUGGUUCCUUGUUUACCCGACCGAUGUUAUUAAAAGUGUGCUUCAAGUAGAUGAUCAUAAGAACCCAAAAUUCUCUGGUUCAUUGGAUGCUUUCAGAAAGAUUAAAUCCUCAGAGGGAUUCAAAGGGCUGUAUAAGGGUUUUGGUCCUGCAAUGGGCAGAAGUAUUCCUGCAAAUGCAGCAUGCUUCUUGGCAUAUGAGAUGACAAGAUCAGCUUUAGGAUGAUCAAAUGCUCAUGUUUCUUUCAUUACCCUUUUGUUCCCAAAACUUUUUCAUUCCAUCAAUUACCAUAUGGCUACACAUGCUUGUCUUUUGUUAUUGCUUCAAUAAAAAGUAGUCAUUCUUUAA